AUAUUUUUUAGUCGUUUCUCGCUGGUUUUUAAGUGCGCACAUAAGACGCGCUCGAAAGUUUUCAACAAGUUCCACUGAAAACACCCCCGAAGUCGAGAUCUCGUGUCGCGAGUGCCAAUCAGAUACCCAACUUCUUCAAUAUCUGUAAACAGUUUUUUGUGAAAUGUUGCCGGGAUCCGUGGCCUUUUUGGCAUGGCUCUGCUGCUUUCUGUUAACUCAUCAUUGCGCCCAAGGUCAGUCGACUAAAGUGUCAUCCAAGCUGGAUUUCGAUGACAUGGAGAAUGGCAGCAAUAGCAACAACCAAACUGGAGUGCCAGUUAUAAUUGGCCAGGGACAGGGCCAGGGACAGGGACAGGGACAGGGGCAACAGGGCAACGCUGGCUAUGAUCAGAGCUCUGGACGCAAUGGCAGCGGAGGAGGUGGAAGCAACAGUGGCAAUCGGCCAAAGAUACACGGCGUGCGUGUUACAGUCGACACGGGCGAUGGACAGCAGCAAACGAAAGAAUCCAAGGAGAGCGUCGAAAUAACGGACUUGGGUAAACACAAGAAACGUGUGGGCAUUCACACAGACAUCACGUUCGAGAUUACGGCCGAGGGUGACGCAAAUGAGACGAGCUCAGCACAGCAGCAGGGCGAGAAAGAGGAUGCCAGCGUGCCCAUUUACAAGGGUCGUUCGAGCAGCCGUGACUCCAAGCACAAGUCCAGCAAUCCCAGCAACCCCAAAGCCCAAUGGAAUCCCAACUUCUCCAGCGAGCAUCGCGGCUACGAUGGCAGCAACCGUAGUGGCUCCAGAUCAAGCCCGGCUGACUACUAUCCCCAGUAUUAUCCACAGCACGUCUACACGACCGCCGAUGAUACCAGUGGCAGCAUUUACCGCAACGGCGAGACCUGGACGCACUACGUUCCCGUGUGGACUACGGAGCGCUCGCCACAUGAGCAGAGCCAGCUGCAGCGACAACCCAGCUGGAAGCCCUGCUACUGCAUGUCCUCCUACGACUACCGAGCCCGUCGGGACAACAAAAGCAGCAGAAAAGCUGACUCUCCCAGCAGGGAAGUGGUCAAAGGUCGAGCCGUCCACAUCGAUGGCAAGUUGGAGCAACCCUUCUCCUGAAAAUUCUAUAUUCCAGAU